UCCUCUGUGCUACGCUCCCCAGCCGUCAAAGUUUUGCCAACCCGUGUCGGUCCAGAUUCGCACCUCCUGGUUCCAGCAAACUUUGAAACAGCAGUUUCCCAGCCUACCCCCCUCGCUUACGCGCCUAUCUCCGAAAACAUGACCACAAGUGAUUUCGUCAACUCUUGCAAAACAGACCAGAAGGAAAGAAGAGAUGUGGAAAUGAUGACAAGAGGCCAGAAUCAGAAUGCUAAGUGGUACGCCAUGCGGUCAGGGUCUUUAACCACGACAAAGUUCCAUCGGAUAGAUAGGUUAAUGACCGGUGGCAAGGCAUCACCCAGUAGACUAGUCAGUGAUUGUAUGGGGGACAAGUACAAGAACCUUACAAAGCCUCCUCCACUACCAAAUGCCAAGAGUAUCAAAUGGGGAGUAGCAAACGAGUCACUUGCCAGAAAUGCAUACUUCAACAAGGAGAAGACCAAACAUUCCAACUUAGUCAUAAAGGAGACAGGGUUGAUUGUACACAACACCAAAUCAUACCUGAGGGCUAGUCCGGAUGGAGUAGUGUUGUGUGACUGUUGCCCACCUAGAAUCCUGGAGAUCAAAUGCCCAUACAGCGCAGCCCAUGAAGCAAUAAGGGGCAACACAAAGAUCAAGUAUAUAGAAGAAGUAGGCAAUACAUUGGCACUGAAAGGAGGCAACCAUGGCUACCUCGAGCAGGUUCAAGGGUGUAUGGCGAUCACAAAUGUUUCCAAGUGUGAAUUUGUGGUCUACACUGUGAAGGACAUCGAAGUGAUUCAUGUUGACUUUGACCCAAUUUUCUGGGCUAACCUAGAGCAACAUUUGGACAACUUCUUCCUGAGUCAUCUUGUACCUGAACUGUUCAGACGACAGAAUCACCCCAACGCCACCUACAUUGUGGACAAGAGCGACACAGACUCAGAUAUGGAGGUGGAUACAGACAAUGUGGUAAAUGCAUGUUUGUCACUUUAUUCAUAUAUCAACAAUGUUAAGUAGUACUAAGAGACUAGAAAUGAACAAAUGUAACAC